GUUUAAAACUGUGCGAACCUCAUCUGCAAUGGUUAAAAUAUAAUCAGGAACCAUGGACCGAUGUUGUUGAACAUUGGGAGGCAAGUCGACUUGCUAGAAUAAUGGAUAUGACUACACACAAGGAUGGAAAUGUUCAUCUCAUUUUUACGAAAUGGCCAAUUUUAAAACAUCCGCAGGGUUACAAACUGAUCGAAUCUGAUUAUACUGCACAAUUCGGAAACAUACUUUCUAUAUACAAUGAAUGGCCAGAGUUUUCACGAAAAAUAUAUGCUCUCAUGAAAAUUGAAAUUAAAGAUAAAGUAUAUGAGGAACAAUUAAACCAAAUAAAUGAAAAUACAUCAGAAGAAGAAAGAAAUAUUAGACUCUUAAAACUAUUGCCAGCAUUAUGUAUCCCAACAAUGAGAAUUCGUAAAGGUACGAGAAGCAUGAAGCCUACAAUAAGUGAAUCAUUAAAUUCUUUUAUUUUAUCAGUAAAUAGUUUUGCUGAUUUUGAACGUGAUAUUGAACGUCAAAGGAAUAGAGCAGCUGCGUUAAAUUUGACUCUGCAACCAUUUAUUAUUUUCGUGGGACGUGACGCUAGCUCAGUUAACGCAUACUACGUUUGCAUUGAUAAAACAUUAUACAAAAUUGAAAGUGCUCUUAAAGCUGUCGACGUAUGCUACAAGUGCUUUUUUGUAUUGCAUGCGUGCUAUCCUAAAGAAUCUCAACAAAUAUGGCUUCUGAUACAAAAAUGUUUGUAUAAUAUGACAACUGAGCACGAUGUAUGCAAUAGCAAAGUUACAUCCAUCGAAAUGGCUUUAAGGAAGAUGUGAAGAGAUUAUUUCUUUAUUAUUAUUUUUUAAUAUUUUUAUUUUACGAUAAUGAUUUUACGAUAGAGAUUAUUUCUUUAUUAUUUUCUUUUAAUAUUUUUAUUUUACGAUAAUGAUUGAUUGAAACACCCGA